UAAAGCAAUGAACCGCUUCGCUUGUUCAUAAACCAAUCAGUUGUAUUUAAAUCUUUAUAGUGGGCAGUUCAUACUGGCAUCUUACUUAUAAAUACGCAUACGCCCAGACUAAACACACGUCCAAACAAAUAUGGCCGCCAUACGACCCUUGAGCGCAGAAAUGCAAAAAGUUGCCAUCGAACAGCUAAACGAGGUGCCCGAACGUGUGCCACAGGACAUAGCGGCGUUACGCGAAUGGAUACGAAAACAACCACAUAUGCGCGCACGCACCGACGAUCAAUUUUUGGUGAGCUUUCUGCGUGGUUGCAAAUACAGUCUGGAGAAGGUCAAGUCAAAGAUAGAUCAUUUCUAUACGAUACGCACCAUGUUGCCCGAGAUGUUCGCGAAUAACACAAUAGAUGAUCCCAAGAAUUUGCUGAUCGUACGAUCGGGCGGCAUCGUAGCGCUACCGAAAACGCUAGGAAUCGGCGGUCCAGCCAUUGGCUUCUCACGCUAUAAAAUAUUAGAUGAUUUGGGAAUUACCGUUAAGGAUUUCUGCCGUUACACAGCUCUGGUGACGGACAAGAGUAUCGUCGAUACAGACGCUUUCGUAAUAGGCGGUUAUAUGGAAAUCGUUGAUGUUGAUAAAGUCGGCUUGGGUGCGAUGUCGAAACUUGAUCCGAUCUCUGCCAAACAAUUCACCACCUACUGUGUCAAAGGUUCAGCUAUUCGUAUCAAAGGUGUACAUAUUAUAAAUGUACCCAAAGAUGGUUUAAGCGCUCUGAAAAUCAUACGAAACCUCUUCCCAGCUCACGUCAAAGAAAGGUAUUUCAUACACAGUACUAUGGAGGAUUUGUACAAGCAUGUGCCCAAGGAAUAUCUACCAAUCGAAUAUGGUGGCACCAAUGGUUCACUGGCAGAACUGCCGGUGAAACAUGAGAAGGAAUUGAAGGCUUUUAAUAGCUAUUUUGAAGAAAAUGACAAAUAUGGUGUAGAUGAGAAUUUGAGGCAGGGGCAAAAGGCCGACAUGAAUUCGAUAUUUGGACUCGAAGGCAGCUUCCGAAAACUGGAAUAUGAUUAUACUCGACUGUAUAUUCCACAAUUAGUCAGAAUGUUUACUCUUUCGCAUAAAGUGCAAACGCGGUCUCAGUGCACAGAAAAAAAGGUAUUUUCACAUAAACAGACACGCCAAAUAAAUAGCAGCUCACCAGUGUCGAACGAUUUCAGUUGCAUCGUAGACAGCCAACGACACAACGCAAACAAUAUUAGAAAAAAAGGCAGACUAACGAAAUCAAAUUCACAAGCCAUACAUACAUUUACUUACACACUCGCGCUAACUAAGAAAGAAAUGGUGAUUCUACGCCCACUACCUGACGAUUUGGCAAAGAAAGCCGCCGAGGAGUUGAAUGAGAAGAGCGUCGACAAUGAAUACUACGUGAAUACGUUGCGCGAGUGGAUCGAGAAGCAGCCUUAUUUGCGCGCGCGCACCGACGAUCAAUUCCUGAUCGCAUUCCUGCGUGGUUCCAAGUUUAGUUUGGAGAAAGCGAAACAGAAAUUAGAGAAUUUCUAUAUACUACGCGCCGCUAUGCCAGAAAUCUUCCGCAAUCGAAGUUUGAGUGAAUCCAAAUAUGAGGCGAUCGUCAAGUCGGGUGCUGCUGCUUUUCUGCCUGAACCUGUGAGUGAGGGUGGGCCGCUGGUGGUGUUGCUGCGUCCAAGCGAAUUCAAUAUGGAGCAGCAUACGAUCAAUGAUGUGCUGAGAGUCGGUUCAAUGAUGAUCGAUAUUCUAAUGCAGGAGAACGAUCGCGUCUUUAUCGCUGGCUAUACAUUCAUUAUUGAUCUGGGUAAUAUUUCAAAGGCUGUGCUGUUGAAUUUCGAGCCGGAGUUCAUACGCAAACUGACUAUACUAGUCAAUAAAGCUGCGCCCACGCGCAUGAAGGGCUUCCAUUUUAUCAAUGUGUUGCCGAUCUUUGAGAAACUAUUCGGCAUGGUGAAGAGUGUGAUUAGUGCAAAAUUGAAGGAGCGGUUCUAUGUGCAUGGCAACAACUUGGAGGAACUCUACAAAUACGUACCCAAACAUGUGCUGCCGAAGGAAUAUGGCGGUGAUUGUGAUAUAGAAAGUCUACAGGCAGAGUGGUGGCAAAAAUUGAAUGAUUACAAGAAAUUCUUCGAAGAGGAGGAACAAUACGGCAUUGCUGAAGGCUACGAACGACUCAAGCAAGUGAAGGAACUUAUCGCAGAUACCAGCGUCUUACAGGGCACAGAUGGCUCUUUUCGGCAAUUGGAGUUCGACUAAAGCGACGUACAACGUACAGUUAGUCUAGUAAUUAUCAGCAACCAAAGCAAUUAGCCCAAUAUUUUCUAAUUUUUUAUACUAUCUACUUAAUAUGGUACUUAUUUAAAAUGAUAUUCAUACUUAUUUGGCUGGCAGUUUACCUGAGAAGCAUAAUCAAAAACAUUAAAUAUUAAAAA